ACUGAAUUAGGCACUAUCAUUUCUUCAUGUGUAUCUCAAAUACUAACCGUGAAGAUUAAUAUUUCACUGUCUAUUUCUUUUUCUUUUUCUUUUUUAUCUUUGUUUCUAUUGUAUUACACGCCAUUUUUAUAAUGACAAACGAUAUCGAUCUAUACGAAGAGUUUGCUAAAGGUGUGCAGUCUUUUACAUCAACACGGGCUGCUGAUAUUGCAAACCAUUUUGCUGAUAUCACUCUAAUACACGAAAAUCGACCAGACAGUGCAUUCUACUGUGAAAGCACGACGUGGAGCCUUCUCGCCACUCUUACAAAAACCAUUGAUAGCUCGGAUCUAUAUCGUCAUGCUGCACUCAAAAAGUGGAUCUCAUGUAUCCCUACUGACCAACAAUUACUAGAGAAGAUUGAGCAAAGACAAGAUAUCGAAGAUGAGAUCAUGGAUCUGUUUAAAAAGAAUCGCUUUACUCAUGUUGAUGUGGAUGAAAUCCCGAGAAAGAAACAAAAGAUACACAUAGAUUCAACAGAGGAAGAUGAAGAAGUAUACAAGAAUAUUUACACACAACUUCGCUCCAAUACCUUAGAACCUGUGUCAUUGAAUACGCAUCAAAAUAUUUCUUUGACUUAUUUGAUUAAUGGAUACAUUCAAUAUCAACAAAUGGCACUUGCUGAUCAAAAGGAUAAAAUCAAUCAGAAAGAACGAUCUAUUUGGAAGAAGUCUGUUUUGCAUGAAUUGGAAGAUGUAUGGGGGAAGAUUGAGGCAUUAGUUACUGACACCUUGUUAGAAAUCGAUUGGAAAAUAUAAGAGAGCGUUGCUUAACAUGCUUACUGGAAAUACCAACGAAUUAUAUGACACAAUGUGCAAUACAUGGGAAGAUGUGAUUUGGGUCUAUUUGAAUGCGCGUAUCGAAGCAUUAAUGGACAAGAACGAAUCAGUCAACCUUGUCUUGUCAGAAGAAAUAGUAAAUUCAGCAUUAUCUAAAGAUCAUAUUAUGGAAAGAGAUGAUCCAAGGGUGUUAUUUCAUCAUAUCCAAAUGUCUUUGCUGUCUAAAAAUCCACAAGAUAUAGUUAAAAAGAUCUACCAUGCUUAUCAUCACAAACAAAUCAAAUCUCACCACCCUUCCUUGUAUAUAAG